CUUCAAGCGACGGCCAGAUAAGAAGCAAGCUCCUCCGUCCAUUGCUCCCCCCAGCCGCGCAUCAUCCAUCCAUCCGUUCCACUGCACCAUGGCGCUCAUGCUCAGCCCGGCCGCGACCUUCCUCCCCGUCGUCGCCGGCAAGCCCACCACCGCCAUGCGGAACCUCCUCUUCGGCACCACCACCAGCACCACCAGCGGUCACCGGAGCACUCGCAAGGUGGUGGCGAUGGCGGACAUCCUGGGCGACUUCGGCGCGCGGGACCCGUUCCCGGAGGAGAUCGCGAGCAACUUCGGGGAGAAGACGCUGGGCAACGUGGACACGCUGCACCGCAUCCUCAUCCCCACGCUCUCCGUGCUCUCCCUCUCCCGCGUCCCGCUCGACGCCGACCCGGCCCCGCUCUCCGAGGAGGACGCCCGCAGGCUGCUCUUCAAGGUGGUCGGCUGGCGGCUCCUCUUCCCCAGCAAGGGCGACUCCGACGUGCUCAAGCUCGAGUGCGUCUGGAAGGUCCGCGACCAGGCCUGCGGCGACGAGCUCGUCGCCAGGAUCAACAAGGCGCUCGACGGCGCCGGCCACGCCCCCGCCGCGCUCCGGUUCGAGGCGCCCAACCAAGUCAGGGCCCAGCUCUACACGCCGUCCGUAGGCGGGCUGAGCGCCAACGACUUCAUCAUCGCGGCGAGGAUCGACCAGAUCAAGACCAAAGAUCUCCUCCCAAAGAAGAGGGUCUGGGCAUGCUAAUGGCCGCAGAUUCCCCUCUUCUUGCUCCUCUUUGCAUACACACACAGUUUUGUUUCAUGGAAAGCCAAUGGAUCCAUGUUUGUAGCUCUACUGCUAGUGUUUGAUGAUGAUGAUGGCGUCGCCAUUUUGUCCAAUCAAAUGAUUUCUCAA